AUGAGGAUUACUGAUGGCCGCCCUAAGGCGGAAGCUCCAACGGUGAAGUGCCGUGCGUUCCAGCUGACUACCGAGGAGGCUCGGGCCGUGCCAAACGUCGUGGCUGGGACCUUUCUGGUCAAUGGUAUGACGGCCCAUGUCUUAUUUAAUUCGGGGGCUACCCGAUCUUUUGUGUCUCUUGUACUUAGCAAGAAAUUCCAAGACGCACCGGGGACUCUAGAUACCCCGCUUGAGGUGGAUAUUGCAGAUGAUCGCACUGUGAGUGCUGCGAGGGUGUGUCAGGACUACGUCUUGAAUGUGCACGGUGAAAGGUUUCGCAUUGAUUUGGUUCCCAUACCAUUGCAAGGAUUGAAGGUGAUUAUUGGGACGGACUGGCUGGGGGCCAAUGGAGCCAUGAUCAAUUGUGAACGCCAGUUAGUCCGGGUUUGA